GUCAUGUGAGGACACAGUGAGAAGACAGCCAUCUGCAAGCCAGGAAAGAGGUUCUCACCAGGAAUCAAACUGGCUGACACCUCAACCUUGGACUUGAGCCUUAGAACGAUCUCAUAUUUUGGAUGCUGGCUAUACUAUAAUGAACGACACUUCGACAUUAGAUGUCAUUGGUCGACGAGUUGAAGUUAAUGGAGAACAUGCAACAGUGCGUUUUUCUGGUGUUGUCCCUCCCGUGGCAGGACUCUGGUUGGGAGUGGAAUGGGACAAUCCCACGAGAGGAAAGCACGAUGGAAGCCACGAAGGGACUGUGUAUUUUAAAUGCAGGCACCCAACAGGAGGAUCCUUUAUUCGUCCAAACAAAGUAAAUUUUGGAGUGGACUUCCUCACUGCAGUUAAGAAUCGCUAUGUGUUAGAAGAUGAACCAGGGGAAGAUGGAAAAGACCAAACUGUUAUAAUUGGAAACAAAGCUGUGGAAACUGUUGGUUUUGACUCCAUUAUAAAACAGCAAAGUCAGCUGAGCAUGUUGCAAGAAAUUUCUCUGAGGAGCUGCGUGGUGAAUGGUGCUGGCGACAAAGGAGCAAUUGCCAAAGUGUGUCCUCAUAUCAGAAAGGUAGAUUUGUCAAGAAACCUGUUGUCCUCAUGGGAUGAAGUCCUAGAUAUUGCUGAUCAGCUCAAACACCUGGAAUUUCUCAAUCUCAGUGAGAAUAAACUAAACUUUCCCUCGGAUUCACCAUCUCUCACCAGAACAUUUCCUGCACUGAAGGUUUUAGUCCUUAACCGGACAGGAAUAACAUGGGCUGAGGUGCUGCGGUGCGCCCCUGGGUGGCCGGUCCUGGAGGAGCUGUACCUCAGGUCUAACAAUCUCUCCAUUUCAGAAAGGCCGGUGGAUGUUCUACAGACAGUCACGUUAUUAGACCUUUCCUCGAAUCCAUUCAUUGAUGAAAAUCAGCUGUUUCUAAUAGCAUAUCUGCCCAGAUUAGAACAACUAAUCCUUUCUGACGUUGGAAUUUCUUCUUUACAUUUUCCGGAUGCGGGAACUGGGUGCAAAACAUCAAUGUUUCCUUCCUUGCAAUACCUGGUAGUAAAUGACAAUCAGAUCUCACAAUGGUCAUUUAUCAACGAGCUGGACAAGUUGCAGAGUCUGCGUGCUCUGUCCUGCAUACGAAACCCCCUGACUGAAGGAGGCAGCGGAGCUCAGACCACACGUCAGUUCAUUAUUGCCAAAAUCGGUCAGCUGAAGACCCUGAACAAAUGUGAGAUUCUACCAGAGGAAAGGCGUGGGGCUGAGCUUGAUUACCGAAAAGCAUUUGGAAAUGAAUGGAAAAAGGCUGGCGGACAUCAGGAUGCAGACAAAAACCGACCAAACGAAGAAUUUCUUGCAGCCCACCCCAGAUACCAGUCCCUCUGCCUGAAAUAUGGUGCACCUGAAGACGGGGAACUCAAAACACAGCAGCCGUUUUUGCUCAAAAACCAGCUACUAACACUGAAGAUAAAAUAUCCUAAUCAAGUUGAUCAGAAAGUCACAGAAAAACAACUGCCAGACUCCAUGACGGUUCAAAAGGUGAAGGGACUGCUGUCGCGUCUUCUCAGAGUUCCCGUGUCACGACUUCUGUUGUCCUACGAAAGUCCCAAAAUGCCUGGCAGAGAGAUCGAGCUAGAGAACGACCAGCAGUCAUUACAGUUCUAUUCUGUGGAAAAUGGAGACUGCCUGGUAGUGCGAUGGUAACAGCCGACGAAUCAAGUCCAGAGACUCCACCGUUUUACCACGACGGGGUCACUGGAUACGAAAGACUUACCGGAACAGUUCUGUCAAAAAAAGGUUUUACAGCUCGCCCUAAGUAGAGAAAAGGUGGUAUUUUUCACUGGGAAGAGACCAUUUCUAGGCAUGUAUGUACUAGAAGCUGCAAAGCCUUUAUUACUGCUAAUGAUUUUCUGAUUUUACUUCGUAUUUAUAGUUCACGACUACAGAUUUCAAUAUGUGAAGAUUUAAAUAUUAAAUAGAACCAAGCUAAUGAAAUCUGCACACAGCUAAUGUCCGGCAUAAGACCAGUUUUAAUGGAAUUCUGUUGUUACUGCUAGCUUAAAAGGUUCCAAAAUGAUUUGGGAGGUCAUUUUAGAAAAUGUCCCUUAAACUUAGGGACGUGCCUCUUCUGUGUGUAAUGCAUAUGCUACGAUCUCUCUUGGCUGUUGCACUAUUUUUUAGAGUACUUGCAAAAAUGAAUUCCAUGCUUUUUCCUGCAGCUGUACCUAAACUGGGCAUGUAUUCUUCUCCAGAAGAUCUGCCAGCCCUGACGGGAAUUCACAUAGUGUAGGGAACCAUCAGGCAGUGACAGGAGGAAAGCAAGAUUCAUUCAGUAGUAUCCUUCCCUACGUCACUAAAACCCUGAGAGGUAUUUGAUGCAUAUCCACAACAUUUUAGCUUUUUUUUAAAAUAGUACUAGACUGACCUCCAGAAUUUGUUACAUGGCAAAAGAAAACUUGAAUUAGCCAACUCAGUAAGUGAACUUUAAAACCAAGGUCUCGAACUAACACUUCUAUUGGUUCCUUUUCAAGUUCAAGUUGCCCACUUCAGACAUGUCCAGACACCCCAAGCUUUGGUAUCAGUGACCACACAGCAUUCUGUGAGUUCUUUUUGGCCCUUAAUUACCCUCAUUAUGCUUUACAGAACUAUUCUGUAAUUCAAGUUGAAAUUCGCACUCUCCGUUACUACCCAAGAUUUCUGAACUAGGCCAAAUUUUAACCAAAAGUGAUCAUAAUGAAUUAUAAACUAGAAAUGAUACAUCAGGUUUUAGAAACUUUUUUGUUUUAUAAAAUAAUUUGGUAUUUUUCAAGUGUUCUUCCAAUACAGAAAUAAAAUUUUUCUUAUGC